CUCAUGUUUCCUACAGUGUGAAUGCUGGGAUUGUCUCCUUCUGAUUCGAGCAGAAUAAUAACCCAGAUGAGCCUGCAGCUCCUGGAGCAUUCCGUUUCUUGCUGUUUGUCCAAAAGCAUAUCACAGGGCCGUUGAAAAGGUGAAGGGAUCUUUGAUUCCUGUCCAUUUACAAGAUGUUCUAAACUUGUUCUGUAGUGAUUAGAGACAUCAGGGUCUGCAGUUUCAAGUUUAGUGCCAAAGGUUCACUACAUAUAGCUGAAGACAGCAAAUAGAUGGUCUCUUUUUGUGCAGAUUUCUAACUAGCUGCCUGUUUCACAAACUCCUUGCCGUGGGAGGUUUUUCAGGCAGGAAAUUUAAAACAUGGUGAAGUUACAGCUACCCAAUCCUGGCCUGGAGGACAGGAUACCUUCCCUCACAGAACUUGAGGUCCUUGAGAAAGAAGAGGCAGACUCCAGACCUAAAUGGGACAACAAGGCUCAAUACAUGCUGACAUGUGUAGGGUUUUGUGUUGGCUUAGGAAACGUGUGGCGGUUUCCGUAUCUCUGCCAGAGCCAUGGAGGAGGAGCCUUCAUGAUCCCUUUCCUGAUUUUGUUGAUUCUGGAGGGUAUCCCCCUGCUUCAUCUUGAGUUUGCCAUUGGUCAAAGGCUGAGGAAAGGCAGUGUGGGAGUCUGGAGUUCCAUUCAUCCUACCCUGAAAGGUGUUGGCAUAGCAGCAAUGUGCGUAUCUUUCCUGGUGGGUUUAUAUUACAAUACUAUCAUUGCCUGGGUAAUGUGGUAUUUCUUCAACUCCUUCCAAGAGCCCCUGCCUUGGAGUACCUGUCCUCUCACUGACAACAGAACAGAUUACAUAGAAGAGUGUGCCAAGAGCUCUCCUGUGGAUUAUUUCUGGUACAGAGAAACAUUAAACACCUCCACUUCUAUUGAAGACUCAGGCACUAUACAGUGGUGGCUUCUGUUAUGUUUAACAUGUGCAUGGGGCAUACUGUAUGUAUGCACAAUCAGAGGCAUUGAAACGACAGGAAAGGCCGUGUAUAUAACAUCAACUCUUCCAUACCUUGUGCUUACCAUUUUUCUAAUCCGUGGCUUGACACUGAAGGGAUCAGUCAAUGGAAUUGUGUUUCUCUUCACUCCAAACGUUACUGAACUGGCUAACCCAGUGACAUGGCUGGAUGCAGGUGCCCAGGUGUUUUACUCUUUCUCCCUGGCCUUUGGAGGCCUCAUUUCAUUCUCCAGUUACAACCCUGUUCACAAUCACUGCGAGAAAGAUGCUGUGAUUAUCUCUGUGAUCAAUGGUUUCACAUCCAUCUAUGCAGCAACUGUCAUAUACUCCAUCAUUGGAUUCAGAGCCACAGAAAGAUAUGAUGACUGUUUUGACAGAAAUAUUCUUACCUUGAUGAAUGCAUUUGAUUUGCCCGAGGGCAAUGUAACCCAAGAUAAUUUUGAGCAAAUGCAGCAGCUGUGCAACAUGACUGAUCCAGUCGCUUUCGCAAGCCUUAAUUUCGAAACCUGUGAUCUGAAAAGUUUCUUGAGUGAGGGAGUUGAAGGAACCGGCUUAGCCUUUAUUGUCUUCACUGAAGCUAUCACCAAGAUGCCUGUCUCACCUCUGUGGUCCAUCCUCUUCUUCAUCAUGCUCUUCUGCCUGGGUUUGUCAUCUAUGUUUGGAAAUAUAGAAGGUGUGCUUGUACCUUUACAAGAUCUCAAUGUCAUAUCCCCUAAGUGGCCUAAGGAACUUAUUACAGGUAUCGUCUGUGCAGGGUCUUACUUGAUAGCCUUCAUUUUCAUCCUGAGGUCUGGUAACUACUGGCUUGCUCUGUUCGACAGUUUUGCUGGCUCCAUUCCUUUGCUAAUAAUUGCCUUCUGUGAGAUGUUUUCAGUUGUCUACAUUUAUGGAAUAGACAGGUUUAACAAAGAUAUUGAGUUCAUGGUUGGACACAAGCCCAAUAUUUUCUGGCAGGUUACCUGGAGAGUUAUCAGUCCGCUCAUUAUGUUAGCUAUCUUCUUAUUUUAUUUUGUGGUGAAAGUCAACCAAGAACUGCUCUACAGUGUUUGGAACCCUAAAUAUGAAGAAUUCCCAAAACCACAGAAGAUUGGAUAUCCCAGCUGGGUGUAUGUUAUUAUUGUAAUCAUCGCUGGUGUGCCUAGUUUGGUCAUCCCUGCCUUUGCCAUCUACAAAGCCAUCAGAAAUUGCUGUCAGAAGAAAAGGGAUCGUACAGGCCUUAUAAGCUCAAUAUCUGAAACUUCUGUUAAUGGCAACUUAAGGAAUUCAGCAUAAAAACAUGUAAAAAUGUGGAAGAAUGCCUUGCUAAGAAAGCCAAAAGAUUUCCUUUAAAGAAUUCAGAAUUAAAUUUAUUGCCAUAAAAGGAUAACUAUGUGUUGUUUCCAACUAAGCAUUUGUUUACUUAGGAAUGCAAGGCACAGUGAAGUAGUAGUAGCUUGGAUCCUGGGAGCCGCAUUUGCAAGCGAUUGGGAAACCAGGCUAAAUAAUUUCUCCUGCUUCUGGUUUGGAAGCCAGUUUGAAACUGGCGUGGAGGACUCUGUCUGGGGAUGCACUGCGCUUGGCAAGCCAUAAGUGACUCUUCCCUGUCCAAACAUUCUGGUUGGGUGACCAAUCUGGAGGGUAAUUUAUACUGACUUCUCUUGCAUGUCAAAUUGUUUUUACUUUACAUGCCACUGUGUUGCACAAAGCCACCAAUAUUAUAUCUCAUUCAGAAUUUGAAAAUAUUUAAU